GAUUACGGUUGUUUGUUGGUGUGGACUUUGCCUUGGUCAUACGUGGACCUGGCAUAAGAGAACAUUCUAGUGGAAACAGUUGUAACUAGUGAUCGUACGUCUUUUGAAAAUUACAUAUACUGCAACGGAGCUAACAAGAAAGAAGUUCAAAAUGGGGGUGUGGGCUCAGAUGAAAAAAUGGUUCGUUCUACACUUGCUGAUUGGCUAUGUCUUCGUCGUGAGCGGUCUCAUUGUCAACUUCCUCAUGCUGUGUUCUUGUAUCAUCUGGCCAUUUAACAAAGUAUUGUACAGGAAAAUCAACUGUCUGCUGGCUUACUCACAUUGGUGCCAGUUCACAUUUCUCGCCCAGUGGUGGUCAGGAAGUGACUGUGAGCUGAUUAUCUCCCCUGAAGAUGAGAAGUAUGUAGGAAAGGAACACGCAUUAAUUAUCAUGAACCAUAAGUACGACAUUGACUGGCUGAUGGGGUGGAUUAUUGCAGAAAGAUAUGCUAUGUUAGGGGGCUCAAAAAUUUAUGGUAAGCAGAUGCUGAGGUAUGUGCCACUGAUUGGCUGGGCCUGGUACUUCACAGAGAGCAUUUUCCUGAAGCGGAACUGGGAGCACGACAGACAAGUCAUCAUGAGGGACCUAAAGAACCUGACCCACUUCCCUGUCAACUACUGGGUGACCAUCCUGCUAUUUUGUGAGGGGACACGCUUCACUGAGGAGAAGCACAAGGGUAGUAUGGAGGUGGCCAAACUGAAGGGUUACCCACUCCUGAAACACCAUCUGUUGCCACGCUCUAAGGGAUUUGUCUUAACUAUGCAUGGACUCAAAGGAAAACUUCCAGCCAUAUAUGACUGUACAGUGGCCUUCAGGAAGGACGGAGCUGAACCAACCCUGAUGAACAUACUUGCCGGGAAAGCUUGUAAAGCAGAAAUGCAUGUCAGGAGAAUAAGGACAGAAGAUGUUCCCACGACAACAGAUGAGGAGUGUGCUGAUUGGUUGAGGAAGUUUUAUAAACAUAAAGAUGAUGUGUACGAGUCAUUUGUCCAGAAGGGUUACAUUGAAGGUAACCGACACCGCCAGCCACGGCGUUACAGGGACCUGCUCAUGUGGCUGUUCUGGGCAGUGAUCCUGUGUGUGCCACUGUUCUCAUACCUGGGCAAAGUCUUCCUCUCGGGGACCCUCACUCAACAACUUACACUAUUGGUUAUUGUAGCUGUAGCUUCCAUAGGAGUACGAGCAAUGAUCGGAGUGACAGAGAUACACCGUGGGUCAGGCUACGGCAAAGCUAAAAUUCAAGAAAACGGCUCAAAGAAAACAUCAUGAGUUCAAUCAUCAUCAGGGAUAGUUCAUUAAGAUAUAGAUAGAUAGAUUUUUAACAGUAUAUUUUUAUGCAUAACCUUUAUGGCCAUGAGAAUUUUAUACACAUCUACAUUUUGUGUGACAGUCCGUCAUAAUAUAUUUACAUUUGUGUGGAAUCAAUUGUUCAUGACUGGAAGACCUGUUAAACAAGCGCAAAAAUUUAUGUACAGACUGAUCGAAAAAUGACUACAUUAUCUGUGCGUGCUGUGUAUUAUGGGAUAUGAAGUGGAGCAUAGCUGGAUUGCAAGAUUUGAGCGCUAUACACAGAAUAUCAGAUGUCAAACUGUUUUCAUCAAUUAGCCCACUUUUCUGUCCAAGAAUAAAGUUUGUCCAUUCAGGACUCGGGACGGGAAAAAGUGUUGGGAUGAGAUUCAUAAUAAUCUUUUCUCCUACUUUUUGAUGCUGAAAUGGCGAUGGAUGACAUAUUUAUUUCUUUUAAGACUUAACGAGUCUCUAAUAGGGAUUCCACUCAAUUUUAUUGCCUUAUUGCUGAUCAAAAUCAUGGAAACCUGAGUUUCACAAACUAUUUACUGAACAAAUGGAAAAUUGCAUUUUCAGGUGUUUGUCAUAUCCAACAAAGAAUUUACCUUUUAAGCUGAAAGGUCAUACAUGUAUCAGCUUUCCCCACUUCAUACCCCACAAUGCAUUGUAAAUUUAGACAGGAAGUGUCAUUGUAUUACAAAGUCAGGGACUAAUUCGAUGAGGGAGGAAUUCAGUACAGGAGAACGUGUAUGUAUCUUCAUAUAGGAUAUUAAAACGCUGAAAACAGGCUGGAGACAUGAAAAUGUGGUUUUUGUUUGCUGUAGGCUAUUUCAAGAUGUUCACAGUAGAGUUACCAAAGCCCUAUACAUGUAGCUCUUUUUGGGGACUUUUCCCUUUCUGUGUGUCCAGAAUUAGCAAUGGUACACCGAUCAGGUUAAAUCAAGGCAAUGUUCUGGAUCAGUCAAUAGUUCAAAUCCAAAAAUCAGUUUAUAUGGGCUCACAGAUAGGGGUAGGAUAUUGAAUAAAAUUAUCUCAUUUUGGAGUUUCCCAAGAAAAUGCCUCCAGUUUUACUGAUUAAAGGAAAAAAAUGCUUAGGUGCUUUUAGGUAAAUCUUUACUCUCUUUUAUUUUUGUAAUGGAAAUCAUGUAUACGUGAAUGUGUAAACGUUGACUGAAGUUCGGCUUACAUUCACGUAAGAUGACACCAAUGAGUAAGAAGAUGAUUGUGUGUAUACAUAGACUAGUGUACAAUCAUACCAUUAGAACCUGUACAAAAUGGGAGUACUUUGAUGAAUAAGUGCCAUGAAAAUAAUGACUGUUUUAUUGUAAAAUGAGUUGUUUUGUGCAAUUGAGUAGAUUUAGUGUCCACGUCCUCAUUUACCCACAAGCAUUCGUUAAAAGAAUCAAAUGUUGUUAUUGGUGUAGGCAGCUAGAAGCGGAACCUUCUUUUCAGUUUUCUGUGUCUCUCAUGCGACACUGAAAGUCUUCUCUAUGCAUGUGCGAGUGCAGCAUCAAAGACAAAUUUUGUUGGUUUAGUUCAGCGGAAAUCCUGGAGAAAAUGCAAUUUUCUUUCUUAUUUCUGACAUCACCCUUUUUGCUUUUAAUUGAAAUUGUGGAUAUACUCGUUAAUUCUUUAUCUAAUGUUUGAUGAUACCUAUAUCCUUUAGUUUAUCUGUAUAGAAUUUCUAGUCCUUGAAGUGGAAGCAGUAUAUUGACCGGCCAUAUGUUGGUCAGUCUUAAUUGUGGGGCCUACCGUAUAACAUUCAGAUACAUUUACCAUUUGUACAGGAUAAUUUUAUCAGGUGUUAUUUUAUUUCGAAAUCUUGCCAUGUUUUCCCCAAGUUUCCUUCCAGCAUAAUGCUGGCAGUCGUAUAAGUGAAAUAUUCUUGAGUAUGGCAUAAAACACCAAUCAAAUGAAUAAAAUAAAUAAAUCCAGGGUUAAAAUAACAGUCUGCAUGUUACAAAACUCUAGUCUGCAUAUAUACUCUGCAAUUUUUUUGUUUAUGAGAAGUGUAUUUUGUUGUAUGUAUAUACCAUUUAAGCAUGUUGGUGAUAAACCAAGUCAUAAAAAAUAGGGUAAGUCACCUGAUUCGUAUAUCAUUAGAGAAAGGGAUUAAAAUUUGUGCAGCAUAGUAAUCCAUAUUUUCAUGAAGGCUGCUUUACAGUUUAACACUUGACCGUUCCACACAGCAUAUACAGACCGGUGAUUUUAACGAUUACAAAAUGGAAGGACGCCUAGUCCGUUAAAUCAGUGCUUUUUUGUAUAUAGAUCAUGAAUCUCUUUAUUAUUAGGAAUAAUUCAAUUUAAAUUGUGCUGUCUGUAGGUUUUUAGUUUGCUGUAGUGGAAGUACUAGGUGAUUUUUUGUUUUAGCAUUCACUCAUUUAUGGCGCUUACGAUUAUGCGGAAACGUCGGUGUCGCUCGCCCAUAAGUACCAAUCACAACAGAAAUUGCUAUUAACCUCACACGAUUGGCUACGCUACCCUUGGGACAUGUGUUUCCGGUUAAUGGGAAGGGUUCUAUAUGUAACGUGAUAUGUCACGUGGACUGCUGGUCCACCGGGACAAAAUGUUGUCUACCUGUUUAAAGUGUGCUUCACUGUUGGUAUGUAACAUAGCCCAAACCGAAAAGGUCAGCGUGCUUGUAAAUAUUCACUGUGAUAACGUAUUUCAUACCUGUACACGUUUAUUUUUACAAACUAAACCGCAGAAAAAUUCCCUUUGUACUGUAUAAAAUUGUGACUGAACGAUCUCGGAAUUUUUUCCCUUGUUUGGUUGAUUAAAGUUAAAUGUUAGAUCAAAAUGUUCAGGUAGACACAGACGCAGGUUCAAACUAAGUAGGCCUACUCUACAGACGACAGGUUAUUGGAAACAAGGUUGUGAGCUGGAAUCUGAUUCGGUAAGAUAACGGCUUCAAGUCGAGAUUUGUCAUGUACUUGAUAAGGGUCGGUAGUUUUCCCCUGUUUUGACCACCCACAGACCCACCCGUUGUCAUGUGUUGAGUACAGCAUAAAAGACAUCAUUAAAUCUAUGCCAGUUCUGUUCCAUUCUUUCCAGCUUGGCUUUCAGAAAUACAGUGUGGAACCUAAGCUGGGAACAUGGCCAACCGAUCUCAGAGCUACAUUAAAUCGUACAUUUAGGUCAUGCUCAAACUUUGAGAGGUGAGCAAAUCGAAAUAACCAGAUAGGUUUUUAAUUUGUCCAACGUAACGGAUACAUGGGCGCCCAAUAUGCAUGUGAAUAAGAAACGCGAUUUGCCUGAUGUUUAAACUUUUGAUAUUGGUGUUGUGAGUUCUAGUUACGUAUAAUUGAAACCCUCGCGUCAGACAAAAAAAGGUGCAUCUGGGGUAGGAUAAAGCAGUUUUUGAGAGUGGAACAAUUAGAAACUUACCAAUGAUUAAUAGUUAUUUGCGCCUGCUUGAAGGCCGUCAUAAUACUUAUUAAUUAUUGUUUUCCCCGUCGUUAUUAUGUCAGAUUUGUUAUUCCUUCAUGAUUUUAUAUUUAUACCCUACAUCUGUAUAUCUGAACGGACAACUGUAUGUCUUGUGACAUGUAAAGGCAUGUCUGUGUAUAAUCAUGGUGGAAUCCGUUCUUUAUUCUUGAACAUAUUUGGAAAAAGUGUAUAUCCGUACCAAGAUAUAGACAGUAUGUGUUAAAAUGCUUUUCUUGAUUGCCAAUUGACAUAAAAUUACAAGAAUCUUUGUCCUUGUCUCGUGAUGUCUUUAUGGCUUGUGCGAUUCCAGUGGUUUAAUUUGCGAGUAAUUUGUUUCCAGGAACUAUAAGUUUAAUUUUGUGCGAAUGAAAUUAAAUUGAAUGGGUAAUGAUUCACCAAUAAAGAUUGUUAAUAU